CAAAUAAACCCCUCCCAAACAGGCCACGAAUCAGGCCGCCUCAGCUGGUAAUAAUAAUCACACUGGUAGGCAAUUAGAGCACAUUGGUCCAGAAGAGGUUGGUUAUCUGGGGUGACAUGAAGGCAUAGUCUACUUCGAGAAUUUUGUGUCAUGUGUUUGUCACGCCUAAUUUUUCUGUUCUUUAUGUCAAUGUGUAUUGGACAUGUGCAAUGUAGUCCUGUGACAAAUCAUGGAAAUGAAGUCUUUGGAGAUUUGUAUGCCAAUGCCAUAAACUAUGCCCAAGAGAAUCCAGAAACAUUAGAAGCGAUACUUACCUUUGACAAGGCCAUCAUUGAGGGAGACAUAAUUAUGCCAUCUGACAGGAACGCCGUUGAUGCCGUCUGGCCAGCCGUCAACGGAAAGGUCCAUGUGGCGUUUGAGAUCCACCCCGAUUUAGUCAAUAUGAAAGACACCAUGCUGAAGGCGAUGGACAUGGUGUCUGAACACGCCUGUGUGUCCUUUCACAAACGAAGCACAGAACCAGACUAUAUGCUUUUCUACCCAAGCAAGGGUUGUGCAUCCUAUGUGGGGUACCAAGGCGGAGAACAGAUUCUAUAUGUUGGGCCAAUUUGCAACGUUGGAAAUGUAGCACAUGAGAUACUGCAUGCUCUGGGGUUCCAUCACGAACAUACGCGGCUGGACCGCAACGAACAUAUCCAGGUCAUUGAAAGCAACAUUCAGACAGGAAGGCACAGUAACUUCAAAAUGAAAGAUGGAAAAACCUUUGGAAUUCCUUACGAUACUUCUUCGAUCAUGCACUACGGAGGAAAGUACUUCUCUAAAAAUGGAUUGCCCACCAUCAAGCUGUUGAAGCAUGGCAGCGACAUGGGACAAAGGACUCGCUUGACUCCACAGGAUAUGAAAAGAAUCAGAGUCCUUUACCAAUGUGGUUUGUACGGUUUUUGACUGGAAUACAUCUUGUUGAAGAAUACUUCAGUGUAUCUAAUGGCCUAUUUUUUUUUUUUUUCUAUAUCGCAUCUUUCACUAGUUGGAACGGGAGAAAUGGAUGACAAGACGUCGAAGGAAAAGGAAGACACAUUUCUCAAAAUGUUUGCUAGACUAAAGAGAUUGUAUUUGCACGUACCAGGAGUCUCUGCCAAUUUGAAUACCUACCAUCCAUUUGGAUGAUGUUUUGCAUAACCCAAUAGGGACAUCUGGGCUGGCUGAGCGCUACCAACUUGCUGAUAUCAACAAACUGCAGAACUCAGUCGUUUUUUAUUUGAACACGAUGGCUUCACUUUUUUUUUUGUAUUGGCUAAAAUUGUAACUCUCUCCUAAAUGAUAAAAAGCGUUUUUUAUAAAA